AUCGAGCAGACUGCUCGAGUGUUGGAGGAUCUUAAUGUACCCAUUGGCAACUAUCCCCGACUGGCAUCUCAGCUGCUUCGCAAAGAAGCCUACGAGUGGUGGAAGAGGACCGAUGAGAGUGUAGGAACCCCUAAGCCAUGGACAUGGGCACAUUUCGAAUGGGCAUUCAAGCAAGAAUAUAUUCCAAAACGUUUUAGCAAAGAAAGACGUAAAGAAUUUGUCGAAUUGCAACAGGGAGACAUAACACUCCCCGAGUAUCGUCAGAAGUUUACCUGUCUUGCUAAAUUUGCACCAACCUUGACAAAUAAUGUCAGCUCAAGCACUCACCGUCCCAUCAGCUCUAUCUCAAAAGGAAAAAGGCCCUUCCAGGAAUCUAGCAAUUCACACUUCUCAAAGAAGGGGAAAUCGGUGCAGACGCACUCUGUGGCGUCGGAAAACAAAUCAAGAGGGUGGAAACACCCAUUGUGCGAUACAUGUGGGAGACAUCAUCCAGGCGAUUGUUGGCUUGCCCAAGGAUUAUGUCUAGGUUGCGGCAAACCUGGACAUUAUCGAAGGGAUUGCCCCACUAAUCCUGGCAAACCAUUUCCGACUUCCCCAGUUGUCAGUCAAUCAGCAUCAGCACGACCUGCGCCAUGUCAACGAUCAACGGCAGGAUCUAAUCCGGCCAAGAACCAGAGUCAGCAACAGGGACGAGCUCCUGCUCGUACUUAGCAAUGAAGGCACGAGCUGAGGAAAACCCUGACGUCAUUCAGGGUAUGUUUUCCUUAUUUGAUUCUGUCAUGCAUGUGUUGAUAGAUCGUGAAUCAACGUUAUCUUAUAUCUGCGUGCCUAUGCCUGACAAGGCUGACAUAAUGAAAGAAAACUUAGAACAACCU